AUGAGUGAAGCGGAGGUCGAGAGGCUGAGGGCAGCGACGAGGAAGUAUCAUGCGCUGAUGGAACUACUCGCGACAGAGGCGGGUUACCUCAUGGAUCUGCGUGCGCUGGUCACAGUCUACUUGGAGCAGCUGCCAACUCUGUCCACCGCGGCGCCUUCGUCGUCGACUUCGCCAACGCUCUCCAUCCCUUCACUCGGGCUCUCCCGCAGUAUACCCUCGUCCCGCUCCUCGUUUCUCCACCCACACCCUUCUCCAUCGACAUCAGCUAGUUCGCAUCUGAGCGUACCCGAUGACACAGGUCACGGGGCGGCUGAGAAGGAGAAGAAGCGUGACAAGAGCAGAGAGAGGCUGAAGGACAAGGACAAACAUAAGGACAAGCACAAGGCUCGGAGCAGCGAGAAGGAGAACACGAAGGGGAGGGAUGCUGGUAAGCACCGGCAUAAGGGGAAAGAGAAGGUCGACGCCGCAGCUCACGAUGCAGAGGAGGAGGAGAAGGAGGACUCCGUCGCUGGGCACGAAGCGUUAGGACCCGCGCCCCCGCGCUCACAAACUCAUCAUCGCAAGCAUGCUCAGACUCGGCGCCCGAUCCUUGCGGAGAGGGGUGUAUCAGCGAUCUGUCGGAAUGCACAAGAGCUUUUGGCGUUUCACGGCCGAUUUGUGAGCGAGCUUCGAGAGGCUUUGGUUGGCUUUGGGCUGUCGCGAGCAUUCGAGAUGGGCGAGCGGAAAGAAGAGGUCGCUAUGAAGCUGGACGGCUCAGAGGCGGCCGUGCUACCCACCAUUGACCAGGCUGUCGCGAUCGUGGCCGAGAAGUUCGUGACCGAGUCGCAGUCCUUCAGCAUAUACGAGGGGUUCUGUCCUGGGCAUAACGAGGCUGUUAACUUGAUCCGGAACGUCCAGGAGAAUUACCCGAAUGAAUGGGACGCAUACGAGCAGCGGUGCUCUUUGCUCGUGGCACACCAGUUCGAUCUUGUCAACCCAUCACCAGAAUCACAUUCGGAUGGCCACGGCGCAGACGGAGUCUUUGGGAUGCCAACCUCUGCUACGAUCUCUCCGCUGAAUCCACCGGUGGUCGAGGGUACACGGACAAAACGGCGACAUUCAACUUCUUCCUUGACUUUGCCUUUCUCAACGUCACACGCUGACUUGCCGAAGGUGACCGCUAACCGCUCGGAACCCAUCGGCGGCGAGCACUCGCGUUCGAGGUCUGGGCAUGAGCAUACCAAUGUGCUCUUACGACAGCAUUCGCAGCAGGCGACACGACUCCGGCUUCUCGACUACCUCAUCAAGCCUGUGCAGCGAGUAUGCAAAUAUCCGUUGCUUGUUGACCAGCUCAGGACGAAGCGUGCGCGGACCCAGAGCGCAGUCGACCCGAGUACACGUCCAUCUCGUGCGCCGUCAGUCAGGGACUUCCGGGCUUUGAUCCAUGAGGGUGGAGACGUCGUAGAACGCGCGGGGGAGGCGAUGCGGCUGGUGGUAAGCCUCGUGAAUCGUGCGAGCGAAACGCAGGCCCGGCUGGUACGAUCGUCGCUCAUUACGUCUCGGAUGGUCUUCACGCAACCUACGGUGGGUUCCUCGAAAGACGGGCACGCCUCCUCGCCUGCUGGGGCCUCCAGCCCCGUCUCGCCUACUCGGACGCAGGACCUUUCUCCGGACUUCGUGGCGUCUCUUGGUGCUGUUCGGCUGGCGGGUGCGCUGGAUGUGGUUCACCAUCCCUCUGCACUGCAUAUGGUGAGCGCGGGGUCGAUGCGGGCGAAGUACUUUGGAGCGUUUCUCUACUCCGGUGGGUACCUCAUCCUGGUCAAGAUCCCGAGGAAUGGAAAGGUGUACGAGCCGAGGUACUGGUUCUCGCUUGUUGGCUUUGACCUGUUUGACUUCGAGGGGGAUGAAUCGGCGGCUUGUCAGCCGGAGAAGGUCAUUUGGAUCAAUGCCAUCCAGGAAGCCCUCAGUCACGGCGCACCAUGGACAAGUGAGCCUCCAUCGAGUCUGCUCUUGGAGGACAAGGUGCAGAGCGCUCCUGCUGUCGACGAAGGGCCGUCCGAAUGGUCUGCCGCGCCUCUUCCGACUAUUCAGUCUGACCCAGAGCUCGAAGGGCAAGCGAGGGAUCAACCACCUGACCAGGCAGCGCAUGGCAGAGGUCGACCCGAGCUCAAGUCUAGGCCUCCUUCGCGCAUAGACACCCUCUCAUUCAGACACGAACAGCAGGCUCAGAUGGCGUCCUUUGCCGCUUUGAGUCGGCGCUCAUCAACCGCGUCUGUGAAGGCCUUUUUCUCGCCCAUGACGCUCGAUCCCUCUACGCGCAUUCCUCGGCCCUCUGCGCAGGUCAGACAACAGGUCGACCAUGGCUUGCACGACGUGUACUCUGACCAAUGUCUCGCUGCUCGCUCUCACGCGACGAUGAAGCACGAGGAUCUGUUCAAGAGACCACUCCCGGCCAUGACGCGCUCGAACUCAGGGCUGAGUAUCUCUGGCGCCAUGGGUCUGGCUGCCAAGCGGAGGUACGAUAUGGUGUCAGGGAAGAGAGCUUCGCUCGAUGGCGGCAGGGAGCAUGACCCAGAUAUCGGGAGCAAGCGACUCAGCACCCUUCCUGGUCGUGCCAAGCCACCGGCGUCGCCUCAGAAGAGACUCAAAAAGCCCCUGCCUUCCCUUGUGCCCACGGUGCCCUCCAACCUGGCCAAGGUCGAAUCUGAAGCGGAAAGUGACAGUCAGACAACACAGAGCCCUGCUGGUCUUAUGGACUCGCCCUUCCCUCCGUCGCAGUGCUCGUCUACGACGUCCUCCAAUCUGCCUAGCCCUAUUGAUAUUAUCGAUCCCAUUCUUGGCGACAUAGCGCAAGAUGCGACUCUCCGUCCUUCCGACGUACUCACCGCCCCGGUUGAGGACUGGCGGCCAAAGAGAACGCGCUCCAUGGUCGAUAACGUGAAGUACUUCUUCCAGUCAAGACCUGCCUCACCGUCUUCGGCGUCUAGCCACCAAUCCGCGACACCACCACCGCUACCGCCGAAGCAGCUUGAGGUGGAUCCCCAGACCCCGCCACCACCGUCUAGUCUCACGCAGUGGUGGAGGAAAGGAUCGCUUCGUCGUCGAGUGCAGAGUUCUCCAGAUGUACCAGGCGACGAGGCUCAAGAUCCUCCUCCCCUUCUCAGCCGCGCUUCUGCGGAUGGUCGUGGCACCUUCCUUGUGCAAACUUCUGAAGAACCGAUGUUACAACCCUCAGUCUCGUCCCCUGCCUCCCCGGCUGCAGGCACUCCAGGCAGCUCCCGAAGAGUGUCGAUUAACGACUCUACUCCGACUCGACGGCGGUCUUUAUUUGCGCCUACUAGUCGGCAACACGAGAUUCCCUCACCACAGCCCUCGCCAGGCGGGUCGAGCGUAAUACCCCGCAGAUCCCUGCGCAACGUAUGGUUCUUCCAACGGUCCAACUCCUUCACGCCUAUGGACGUGAAGGAGCCUGUUUCAUGA